UUUCAGAGCGCGAAGUACAAGAGUUGCGCGAUCACAUUUCCCUGAUGAAUGAGGAAUGCACUCACGUUCGUGAGCAAUGGCGACUAGCAGAAAGUAAAGAGCAACACUCAGGUGAAACGCUGACGAGAGCAAUGGCUACGAUUGGUGCUUUGCGAUCGGAGAGGGAUGCACUACUGUCGGCAGCGUAUGAACGUCAAGAGAUGAUCCAGUCUUCGCGCUUUACAACCGAGUCAGACCACGAUGCAAACAAUGCGUCGAGCUCGCCGGAAUUCUACCGAGAAUCACACUCCGGCCCACCAACCAUGCGACGGUCCACUGGAAGAAACUCUCCCCUGGCCAGUCUUACACGGCCAUCGAGGAAUCGAUCUCUGCACCGCCACGCGUCCGGCGAUGAUGACCAGCCGGCGAGUGGUAUGCCAGAUGCAGCCAGUACGUCGGGCAGUGCAGGGGACGGUGGCACGCCCAAGAAGGCCAAGUCAGGGCCGUCCAGGGUGCUGGCGGAGCUCGUGCCAUACUUCUCCAGCGGCCGUGCCAGUCUGCGCCGACGCACGGGCCGGGCCCCGCCGAAGAACACCGUGAUGUCGCCGUCGGACGAGCAGAUGAGACCGGGAUCGCAGAUGAGAAUGUUUGCCCAGGAGCUCGGCUCACCGACCACCCCUAUGCAUGGCAGCGCUGUGAACUACUUGGACGAUGCAUCGAGCGUAUUGACCGAUGGCAUGAUAAGCAAGCGGUCGAGCAUGGGCACGGAUAUGUUCGAUGCCUCAUCCCAGGGCGCAGCUUCUCGGCAGUCCAGGGACUAUGAUGAAAUGAUCAACCGCGAGAUGGACCGACUACGUGGUGAGUGCAAGCACAAGGAUGAGCUCUGCCUGGAAAUGAGGAAUCGCUUAGAGCAGUCACUUCGGGCAACGUCCAGUCUACGUGAUGAAUACGACAGGCUGCUGAGUGACGCUAGUGCAGCUAUGAAGCAGAUACGACAGCUGAAAGAAAAGGUCUUCAACCGUGAAAGCCCCACUCCAGAUGUUGGUCUGCCGAAAAAGGAGAGCCAGUUCACGGAAGUGCGCCUUCCAGCUGAACAGGAACUGGGAGUGCUGCUGGAAACGAGAAUGAUGGUGUCCGAAGUGGUGGAGGGACUCGCUGCCCAUAAGAAUGGGGGUCUGGAGUGCGGGGAUCAUAUCAUGCAGAUCAAUGGAAUAUCAAUGGUGGACAAGACACCCUCCGCCACCAUAACAGCCCUCGCGCUGGCCAAGGACGGCUGCACUAAGCUGACCGUCCUGAAGGCCGGCGAGGCGUUCGUGCCGUCAAAGUCGCUCAGCAACGGCCACCUGCCGGCGGCAUCUCAGGGCGACUUGAUGCCGGUGCGUGGACGCCCGCAGAGGAAGAGCAAGCGCUGGCGUAUCCGACAGUCUGUUGCCGAGAUCAUCGCCGGACGAGACAUGUCGGUGCCACCCGACGACGACGAGAAAACUAACUUGCGUCGCACCAGCAGCGACCAUCGCUUAGACCAGGAGCCGCUCUCGGCACGCGAGAAGUUCAAACGCCGUCCGCGUAGAAAGACAACGGCCGGCGAGGACCCCGAGAGCAUCGAAGCAAUAACUCAACUCAGAAGAAUGAAGCCUGCCAAGUCCACUCCGAACUUUGCUUUCAUUGACCAGGAUGAUGGUACUGUGCCCGCUGAAGAUGGCAACCAAGCUCCGGGAGUGCCCGCAGAUGACGAGGUAUUCCCCAAUGCUGGCGGCAACCAGGGUCCGCAAGCUGGUGUGAGCCAGUCGCAAGUUGAAGAUGCAUCGUGGCUGCUGGAGCAGAAUAUCGAGACCGGUGGUGGUGGC